GAGUGCAGAGAGAAUAGAGAAAGAGACAGAGAGAGAGAGAAAGAGAGAGCAGAGAGAGAGAGUGAGGCAGAGAGAGAGAGAGCAGAGAGAGAGAGAGAGCAGAGAGAUAGAGAGAGAAAGCAGAGAGAGAGAGCAGAGAGAGAGUGCAGAGAGAAUAGAGAAGAGAGAGAGAGAGAGCAGAGAGAGAGAGAGCAGAGAGAGAGAGAGCAGAGAGAGAGAGAGCAGAGAGAGAGAGAGCAGAGAGAGAAGUGCAGAGAGAGAGAGUGCAGAGAGAAUAGAGAAAGAGACAGAGAGAGAGAAAAAGAGAGAGCAGAGAGAGAGAGAGUGAGACAGAGAGAGAAGAGAACGCGCAGAGAGCAGGGAAGGAAGAGACAGAGAGAGUGAGACAGAGAGAGAGAAGAGAGCGCGCAGAGAGAGAGAGAGCAGAGAGAGAGAGAGAGCAGAGAGAGAGAGAGAGAGCAGAGAGAGAGAGAGAGCAGAGAGAGAGAGAAGAAGAGAGAGUGCAGAGAGAGAGAGCAGAGAGAUAGAGAGAGAGUGCAGAGAGUGCAGAGAGAGAGAGAGUGCAGAGAGAAUAGAGAAAGAGACAGAGAGAGAGAAAAAGAGAGAGCAGAGAAAGAGAGAGCAGAGAGAGACAGAGAGAUAGAGAGAGAGAGCAGAGAGAGAGAGUGCAGAGAGAGAGAGUGCAGAGAGAGAGAGACAGAGAGAGAGAAGAGAGCGCGCAGA